AUGGGAAUGAUAGCGCUUGGAUUCGGCGCCUACAAUUACUUUAACACUCCCACUCCCACUCCCGCAUAUCAAGACCCCGAGGAAGCAGAACGCCUUCGGAAAAAUAAGGCCCUGAUGGACGCAUACGGAGACAAGGAGACCUUGCAAGACAUCGAACGUGCGUUUGCACUCUACGAGAUCCAGUAA